UUAGACAAGAAACUAUCCACCACCAACAUCAGCUUCAGCUGCAUCACAUUGACCGUGCUGCUAUCUCAUUUCCCAAACCUCGAUCCUCCGCUGGAUCUCUGUCUUGCCCCAGCUGCUACGAUCCGGAUCAGAAACCCUCUGCAAAGACACGAUUUAAAGCGCUCCGCAUCUCUAGAUCUUCCUCCAAAGACAAAAUGUCAACUGAGCAACGCCCAACUGGCGAUGCCCUCAUUACUUCCGAGGACCCGAACCACCCUGCUAACCUGAUCCCUUCGCUAUGCGCAAAGUUCUGGACUCUGGGCUGGGUUACUGGAACAGGAGGCGGUUGCUCUAUUCGAGAUGAUGAUCUCGUAUACAUUGCGCCCUCAGGCGUUCAAAAAGAACUCAUGAAGAACACCGAUAUCUAUGUCAUGGCUCUUUCUGAGCAAGAUCCUAACCACAACAAGCUCAACCAGCGCACUUAUCUGCGAUCUCCUCCCUGCUACAAGCCUUCUCAGUGCACCCCCUUGUUCCUUGCUGCUUUCACCCGCCGAGGAGCUGGCUGUUGUAUACAUACUCACUCUCAAUGGGCUGUUCUGGUCACCCUCCUGUUAGAAUCACAAGGCCCCGGAAAGGACCGAGUUUUCGAGAUCAACAACAUUGAGCAGAUCAAGGGCUUUGGCCGUGGCAUGAACAAGACAGGCAACCUGGGUUAUCAUGACACCCUUCGCAUUCCAGUCAUUGAGAAUACUCCUCAUGAGGAGGACUUAACCGAGUAUCUUGAAGAAGCGAUGGAUAAGUAUCCCGACACAUACGCUGUUCUCGUCCGUCGUCACGGUGUUUACGUCUGGGGUGAUAACGUUCAUAAGGCCAAGACUCAAUGUGAGAGCCUCGAUUAUCUGUUCCAGCUUGCCGUUGAGAUGAAGAAGCUCGGCCUUCCUUGGAUCAGCGAAGUCGAGCAGAUUGCUCCCCAGCGAACAUAGUCGGAGAAGCAG